AUGCUCCUCGGCCAGCUGACCGCUCUCCUGAGCCUGCUCGGCGGGGCCCAGCUGCUCACGGGCUCGGGGAGGCCCCCACCCCAGCCCCCCGCCACCUACAAUCACACAUGGGCUCAGGGCCUCGGGGCCGUGGCCUCCCCGGGGCCGUCAUCCGCCCUCGGCAGCUGGAAGGCCUUCCUGGGCCUGCAGAAAGCCGGGCGCCUGGGGUCCCGCGCGCGGCAGCCUGGGCAGCAGGUGGCCACCGCCCUGUCUCUGCCGCUGGACCCGCAGGAAGUGGCCCGGGAGAUGUGCAGGGCUGUGCCCUUCACGCAGGUGCUCUCCCGGCCGGGCUGCAUGGCUGUCCGUCUCCGAAAUCACCUCUGCUUUGGUCACUGCUCGUCAGUCUACGUCCCCGGCUCCGGGCCCACCCCUCGCGUCCUCUGCAACAGCUGUGUGCCCGCGCACAGGCGCAGAGUGCCCGUGGCCCUGUGGUGUCGGGCAGGCCGCCCGGCCUCCCAGCGGCGGGUGAUGACGUCCACCGUGCUGGUCGAGGGCUGUCAGUGCAGCCCGAGGGUGUGA